AACUACUCUGAAGAGAAAGCGAAAAUUAGAAAUCGGGAGAGAGAGAGAGAAAUGAACGGCAGAGACGACGAAAAGGGUUUGGUAUGGAAGCUACCGAUAGUUAAGACGAAGCAAUUGGGGAAGAUUGGACCUGCUUUUGGACUUGGCAUAGGCUGUGGUUUUGGUCUCGGAAUCGGCCUUAUUGGAGGCACUGGCUUUGGUCCGGGGCUUCCUGGGUUGCAACUGGGUUUUGGUUUCGGUGCUGGGUGUGGAAUUGGUCUUGGUUUUGGCUAUGCUGUUGGAAGAGGAAUUGCUUAUGACGACCACCGUAAAUACUCUAAUGUUGGAAAGCUCUUCAACGGCCAUGCCAAUUUCCCUAAUCAGGACGAGGUAGGGGAACUCAUCGAUGAGCUUGUUGUGAACACCAAAAAGCUAAUCAAAGCAACUACACAAGAGUUGGACAAGUGGAGAAGGUCCUAAUUUGUGCCGUUCCCUUUUGUACACAGCUCACUCCUUGUAAUGUACAUGCUAAUUCUUAAGUAGCUUAGCUCCUUGGAGCGAAGGCGUCCCUGAUCUAGAAGUAUAUUAUGUAAAUCGAUAAAAUUAGCUAGUUUCUAGCCGAAGGUUUAGAUGCUUUGUCUAAGUGGAUAUAAAUAAGCAUUCUGUCUCUGAUAUUUCAUGUUUGAUGUUAUUGGUGUCGA